CUCAGAGAGAGAGAGAGAGAGGGAGAAAGAAUCAACAGCUUCGGAUGUGAGUGGGAAGUGCACUCGGAGGCAUUGUGAGGACGCACACACACACACACACACACACACACACACACGGGGCUGCAUUCUUCACAAGCCUUCCGGACAGCUAACCGCUACUGGGUGUCCUACAAAUCACCCUGAUCGUGACUAGCACACACCUUCACUGGACUUCAGUCUGCUCCAUUCCAGCCUGCCUCCAUUCCUCUGUGCAGACGUCUGUGGAAGUUUUGUAAAAAAAAAUCAUCCGUUUGUUUUACAAGAACCUGUGCUGGGUCAUGCAGUGCUGAGCUGAGGUCCACUGCCACGCUGAUGGAGCUCAAGGUGUGGGUGGAUGGUGUGGUACGGGUGGUGUGUGGCCUCUCCGAGGAAACGUCCUGUCAGGAUGUCGUCAUCGCUCUCGCCCAAGCCAUAGGCCAGACGGGCCGUUAUGUCCUCAUCCAGAGACUGAGAGACACUGAGCGGCAGCUUUUGGCUACUGAGCGUCCUCUGGAGUCCUUGGCUAAGCUUGGGCAGCACAGUAACGAGGUGCAGUUCUACCUUCGGCGUACUGGCCCCAGCAGCAGCACCAGCAACAGUGAUAGCCACGAGCGUACACUAUCUCUUCAUAAACCCCCCAAAGCAGAGCCCCCAAAACGCAGCGCACCCAGAAAAUCCCUGACCUUCAGUCUAGGCCCUUCAUCAUCUCCACGCACCCGACCCAAACAGAACCGCAGGACUCCGAGUACCAAACUCCUGCCUGAGUCAAGAGCAUCUCCGUUGCCUCACACCUCCCAUCUGCCCAGUCUGACUAGAGAGGAUGUGUUCCGGCACGUUCUCCAGCAGCAGGAGCGACUGCAGGAACUGGAGGCCCAGCUCGAGCUCCUGGAGCGGGAGACUCAGGCAUGGGAUCAGCAGGAGGAGUUGGCUGCCACAGAGCAGACGCUGCUGGAAGAUGAAGAGCAGUGGGAAGAGGCGCUCAGGACUGAGAUGCAGCGCGAGCGUGCCAUGAGGAGGCAGCUGGCUGAGCUACACGCCAAGCUGGAGGAGUGCGGCUCCAGCCUGCACGAUCUCACCACAAGAUCCACACAGCUUGAGCAGGACAUCCAGAGGGAAAGGCUUGAGGCUGAAGCCCUGCCCACACAGACACAGCCAGAAGACUCUGUGGGUGUAGUACAAGUGGAGCUCCAGAGUCAGCAGAAACAAAGGGAGGAGUUGGAGUCGGAGCUGGUGGAGAUGGAGAACGCUCUGGGAAAAGCAGAAAUGCUGCUGCAGGCUAAACAGGAGCAACUGGACGAGCUGAAUAAGGAGCUGAGGCAGUGUAACCUGCAGCAGUUUAUCCAGCAGACCGGCGUGCUCCCAGCCAGUAACUCCUCUCGUACAGACCUCCACCAGCAGCUGGACCAACAGGAACUGGCUCAGCUAUUACAGAGCACGUCUAUAGACAGUGAUUCUCUACAGCGACCCACAGCUAAGCAGUUUCUGGGGCAUCCACGCAACCUGCAGCACCCCCUGGUGUCCAGCCUGAACCCUGAGGUCCUGACAUCCAGAGAGUCAUCUUGGAGGUAAAACCUGAAGGGCCAACGAUCUCUCUUAUUACACCUAUGUACUUAACCGGCUACUGCUAACGGUCCUACUCAUCUCAUCAAUGUAACAGUAUAUAUUAUAUCAUAUAUAUCUGCUGUGUAUAUACAAAUAUAUGUUUACAUUUUUGUUACAUUCCAAAACAUUUUAUUUACUGUAAAAUAUUACCAUAAAGAUUUAUCUAGAGAACGAUCACUUUUAUGUAUUUAAGUCUAAUAAAGGCAGCG